AAACUGUGCAAGUUCGGCACAAGCUCAGAACAGAGCAGGUAUUAGCUGAAAACCAUGCUUCCAGCAACAUUCAAACUGUGCUGUGGAAUCUCACAUCAGCAUUUCAGGAACAUGACAGGAUUGAAGAGGACUGCAGUAGCUGCCCUAACACAUGGAAUGAGAAGAAUGAAAAUUAAAGACAAUUUUUUGUCAGGACCUUGGGAUUCUCUAGCCCAGAAACCUCACUCAGCUCCUAAGAUCGAAGACGAAAGAUUGGAAAUAAAACGGACUCUCAACACUGACGAACUGUCCUAUGUGAAGCAAGGGGAAGAUGCUUUACAAAAGGCUCUGGGGAUUUUAAGCCAGGAUGCUGGAUGGACAACAGAAAUCAAAACGGAGAACGGUGACAAUGUUCUGAGCAAAGUUCUACCUGGAAUUGGAAAAGUCUUCAAAUUGGAGGGUGUGCUGAAUGCAACUACGGAACACGUGUAUAACGAGCUUUAUGAGAAAAUUGACCAAAUGAGCUCAUGGAAUCCAAGCAUCAAACACUUGCAUGUCCUGCAGAAAAUUGGCAAAGAAACCAUGGUGACUUAUGAAAUCAUGGGAGACACAGCCGGAAACAUCAUUGGACAGAGAGACUUUGUGAGUGUGAGGCAUUGCUGGAAAGAAGGACCUUACUGCUACUUGACGGGAAUAGCCACUGAAUCCAAAUUCAUGCCACCACAGAAAGGCUUUGUGAGAGGUGAAACUGGGAUUUCGUGUAUUAUCCUACAUCCUGCAGACACCAAGAACAAGACACGAUUUACUUGGCUUCUCAGCAUGGACCUGAAGGGUUGGCUGCCAAAAUCCCUGAUCAAUCAAGCAUUGUCACAGGCACAGGUGGAUUUUACAGAACAUUUACGCCAACAACUCUCUUCUAGCUUGUUCUCUAUAUCCUGCUGAAUUUGGAAGAGACAAUAAGAGCAAUGCAAAUAUAAAUGGAAUCACUAAAAGGCAUUCUGCACUGUUCACUUAGCUGCUGUGUUGCGACAAAGAUAUUGUUUUUGCAGCAAUGAAUCAAGGCUCGAAAGAAAAGUACCUUUAAGUUUGCUGUGGCAUUAGAUACUUGAGACAAUUCAUUUGUACAUGCUACAAAAUUAUUCAAGUGCACAUUUACAAGGUGAAGAGAAUACUUUGCGGACCUCAUGCACGAGUUUGAUGAUUCCCAAGUCUCCUAUAGGAACACAGCUGGAUUUCACGCUGUGUCGUGGUAAUCAUGCUAAUGUUUUGAAAGAUGUAAACAGUACUUAAUGUUUUAGGGAUGGAAGCAACUGAGGACUGUUAGAAAUCCUGUAGUGCUGUUGUGAUUUGCUGCUAUUUUUGUGAUAAUAUUAUUAAUUUAUUUCUGAUUAUCUGAAAGAUUUGCCAGUAAACUGCUUGCAGUUGAGAAUA